UCGGCGGAACCAAGUCUGUGUCAUUGGCUAGUCAAUAGGAACUAACUUCAAGAUGGUGUACAACUUCAAAGUGUUCAAAAAGUGCGCCCCCAAUGGCAAGCUGACCCUGUACAUGGGGAAGCGGGACUUUGUCGACCACAUCUCAUACGUCGAACCCAUAGAUGGCGUAAUACUAUUGGACGAGGAGUACGUGCGCGGGCGCAAGGUGUUCGGGCAGGUGGUGUGCACGUUCCGCUAUGGGCGCGAGGAGGACGAGGUGAUGGGACUAAACUUCUACAAGGAGCUGUUCCUGGCUUCCGAGCAGAUCUACCCCGCGCCAGAGAAGAGGAAGUACGAUCUGUCCAGGACGCAGGAGAGGCUAAUGAAGAAGUUGGGCUCGUCGGCGUUCCCGUUCCGGCUGACGGUGCCGGCGGGCGCGCCGGGGUCGGUGACGCUGCAGCCGGCGCUGGAGGACGAGGGCGAGCCGUGCGGCGUGCAUUACUACGUCAAGCUAUUCGUGGGAGACUCCGAGAUUGACCGCUCGCACCGCAGGAGUACGGUGGCGCUGGGCAUCCGCAAGGUGCAGUACGCGCCGGCCAAGGCGGGCCCGCAGCCGUGCACCACCGUGCGCAAGGACUUCGUGCUCUCGCCCGGGCAGCUGGAGCUGGAGCUCACGCUGGAUAAACAGCUGUACAUGCACGGAGAGACAGUGGCGGUUAACAUGUGCAUCCGCAACAACAGCAACAAGGUGGUGAAGAAGAUCAAGGCCAGCAUCUGCCAGGGCGUGGACGUCGUGCUGUUCCAGAGCGGCCAGUACCGGAACGUCGUCGCGUGUAUCGAGACACAGGACGGCUGCCCGCUGCAGCCCGGCUCGAGUCUGCAGAAGGUGCUGCACCUGACGCCCUCGCUCUCCGCCAACCGCGACAAGCGCGGCAUCGCCCUCGACGGACAGCUCAAGCGUACCGAUACUACGCUCGCCUCCACCACGCUAUUGCUGGAUCCCGAGCAGCGCGACGCGUUCGGCAUCGUGGUGAGCUACAGCGCCAAGGUCAAGCUGUACCUCGGCGCGCUCAGCGGCGAGCUGGUCGCUGAGCUGCCCUUCAUCCUCAUGCACCCCAAGGAGGGCCGCGGCAAGCUGGUGACGGCGGACAGCCAGGCCGACGUGGAGCUGUUCCGGCAGGACACCGUGCUGCACCAGGAGAGCGUCGAGGUCUACUAGCCUCCUGACACAUCGAGCAGGUAGUAUACAUGUAUCUCUAUUUGAUCUAGCCGCCAGUGGUGGGGUUAAUAAAUAGCAUGUCUUAUAGUGUUUAUUAUGUAAUUUGAUUCCGAAUCGGUAUUGCAUUGAUCAAAUAUAGAAAGAAACACAUUCCACGCCAAAAAAUGUCGUAUUGCAAAAUCAUUGUUUCUGGUUGUACGAGGACUGAGUUUAUAAAAGGAAUGUGCUUUUUUGUUAGGAUAUUUUUUUAAACACUUUAUUGGAUAUAUGAAUUUAAUUUUUAUUGUCAACUGUGCGUGUGAUAAUAUAUUAUUACUUCAA